AUGGACGUCACCGAGGAUUUUAGUCCGUAUAGGGCAGACGGGAAGCUGCAUGGCUUUGUUUGUGUGGUGACAGGAGCUUCACAGCCCGUCGGCCAGGCCAUCAUUCAAGAACUAGCGGCCCACGGAGCAGCUUGCAUAUACGCAUGCGACAGGGCCGCCAGCUCAGAUUUAUAUAAAGAACUCGUCGAUACAGUAGGAAAUGAAUCCCCGAGCUGCAAGGUCAUCCCAUAUCCUUUCCACGUCGCCAAAGAAGAUGAGACACUCGUCUUGAUAGACGAGGUCCUCAAUGCCUUCGGGAGGCUGGAUGUCUGGGUCUGCUCUUCUGGUCUUCUAGGACCCCCUUCGAUCGAAGCCACUACGCCAGACGACCUACAGAAAUGUUUCGAGGCUCAUUCGUUGGCACCUUUCUUCGCAUUGAAGUACGCCCCAGCUGCGAUGGCUAAACUGACCGAGAAGAAGACCUAUCCAAAUGCUGCACCGAAAAGCCAAAAGUAUGGCAGUAUCAUUGUUAUCAGCAGCGUCGCAUCAGUUUAUGGUGGAUGCUGGGGACCCUGUUACACUAUGACUUCCCAUGCUGCUCUCGGUGUGGUGAAAGCAGGCGUCGCGAGUCUCAAAGGCACUGGAAUAUCUCCGGGUCAGAUCGAUAUUGGCGUAGACCUCCAGGGGUUUGAUAUGAGAGGGAUGGCAUCCCAGUUCCCUCCGGCCAGUCUUCAGAAGCCAGAGACGCAAAAAAAGACAAUUGGGUUGGAGAGAGCUGGUAAACCCCAAGAAGUAGCACGUGUUGCCGGCUUCUUGGCAAGCGGUUUCUCGUCCUAUGUCACGGGUGCAAACCUCAUUGUAGAUGGCGGUGCAUCUGUAAUGAACCCCUUGACGGUUCCUAUUUGA